GCGCAGCCGAGACUCGGGAGAGCGCGGUCGGCCGGCGGGGCGCAGCAGGUCAGAUCAUCCCAGGUAGCCCACUCUUCGACCCCUUACAGACAGAGAAACUGAGGCCUGAAGCGGGGCAGAGAUCUGCUCCCAGGACGCGCGGACAGGUACCAUGGCCCAGGGCUGGGCGCUGCUGCUCCUGCUGCUGUUGCCGCGGCAGCUGGGAGUGGUGCUCGCUGUGAGGGCCCCAGGGUUUGGCCGAAGCGGCGCCCGCAGCCUGAGCCCCGAAGAGAAUGAAUUCUCGGAGGAGGAGCCGGUGCUAGUCCUGAGCCCUGAGGAGCCGGGGCGCGGCCCAGCCACCAUCGGCUGCCCUCGAGACUGCGCCUGCUCCCAGGAGGGGGUCGUGGACUGCGGCGGCAUCGACCUGCGUGAGUUCCCGGAGGACUUGCCUGAGCACACCAACCACCUGUCCUUGCAGAACAACCAGCUGGAGAAGAUCUACCCCAGGGAGCUCUCCCGACUGCAUCGGCUGGAGACGCUGAACCUCCAGAACAACCGCCUGACUUCCCGAGGGCUCCCGGAGGAGGCAUUUGAGCAUCUGACCAACCUCAAUUACCUGUACCUGGCCAAUAACAAGCUGACCUUGGCACCCCGCUUCCUGCCAAAUGCCCUGAUCAGUGUGGACUUCGCUGCCAACUAUCUCACUAAGAUCUACGGGCUCACCUUUGGUCAGAAGCCAAACUUGAGGUCCGUGUAUCUGCACAACAACAAGCUGGCGGACGCCGGGCUGCCGGACAGCAUGUUCAAUGGCUCCAGCAAUGUUGAGAUCCUCAUCCUGUCCAGCAACUUCCUGCGCCAUGUGCCCAAGCACUUGCCACCCGCCCUCUACAAACUGCACCUCAAGAACAACAAGCUGGAGAAGAUCCCACCAGGUGCCUUCAGCGAGCUGAGCAACCUGCGUGAGCUGUACCUGCAGAACAACCACCUGACUGAUGAGGGCCUGGACAAUGAGACCUUUUGGAAGCUCUCCAGCCUGGAGUACCUGGAUCUGUCCAGCAACAACCUGUCGCGGGUCCCGGCGGGGCUGCCGCGCAGCCUGGUGCUGCUGCACCUGGAGAAGAACGCCAUCCGGAGCGUGGACGCAGACGUGCUGACCCCCAUCCGCAGUCUCGAGUACCUGCUGCUGCACAGCAACCAGCUGCGCGCGCAGGGCAUCCACCCGCGGGCCUUCCAGGGCCUCAAGCGGCUGCACACGGUGCACCUGUACAACAACGCGCUGGAGCGCGUGCCCAGCGGCCUGCCCCGCCGCGUGCGCACCCUCAUGAUCCUGCACAACCAGAUCACCGGCAUCGGCCGCGACGACUUUGCCACCACCUACUACCUGGAGGAGCUCAACCUCAGCUACAACCGCAUCACCAGUCCACAGGUGCACCGCGACGCCUUCCGCAAGCUGCGUCUGCUGCGCUCGCUGGACCUUUCCGGCAACCGGCUGCACACCCUACCGCCUGGGCUGCCACGCAACGUGCACGUGCUGAAGAUCAAGCGCAAUGAGCUGGUCGCCCUGGCGCGUGGGGCGCUGGCCGGCAUGGCCCAGCUGCGAGAGCUCUACCUCACCGGCAACCGGCUGCGCAACCGGGCCCUGGGACCCCGUGCCUGGACCGACCUCUCCGGUCUGCAGCUGCUCGACAUUGCCGGGAAUCAGCUCACGGAGAUCCCCGGGGGGCUCCCAGAGUCGCUGGAGUACCUGUACCUGCAGAAUAACAAGAUUAGUGCUGUGCCCGCCAAUGCCUUUGACGCCACACCCAACCUCAAAGGGAUUUUUCUCAGGUUUAACAAGCUGGCCGUGGGCUCCGUGGUGGAGAGUGCCUUCCGGAAGCUGAAGCACCUGCAGGUCUUGGACAUAGAGGGCAACUUUGAGUUUGGUGACGUUUCCAAGGACCGGGGCCGGCUGGAGAAGGAAGAGGAGGAGGAGGACGAUGACGACGAGGAGGAAGAGGAAAGGCGAUAGUGACUGGGAGAACGGGAUCUGACGCAGGACGACGGACCGCUGGAGCCUUUCUACAGCACAUGCCUGAGCCCUGCGCACCCCGACUCUGCCUUGCUCACAGACACUUCCGGCGCAGCGCCCACCAGGCCCCACUCCACACAUAGGCUGGACCCAGUCUCCCCCCCCCACCCCUUCCUGCAGUCCAUCCACAGCCAGACACCCACACACAGCCAGCUGCACAGCGUCCUCCAAACAUGCCCCUGUCGGCCCCACACUCAAUGCUGCCCUCAGUCCCUGGGUCCUACAGACGAGGCAAAGGGUCUGACCAGCCCCAGCACUCAUGGGUACCUGCUCCCUGCCCCGUGGACACAUGUACACACACACACACACACACACACACACACACACACAAGUCACAUGCAAAUAGCUCUUCUCGGCCUCUGCCACCAACAGCUCUUGCCCCAGCCAGAAAUGGCCAGCUCACCGUCUGUCUGUCUGCCCCCUCCAUCUGUCCCUUGGAGAAGACAGAGUUAUCUCCAUGCUGUCUGCGGCCAGGUGCCUGCACCCUCUGGAACUCACAGACUGGGUUUUCUUCCUUUCUCUCCAUUUGGGGAAAAGAACCUUCAGGACUGCUGCCUUGGCCCACCGGUCAUGCUCCCCAAGGCUGGGGCAGUCAUUCCCUGCCAGGCCCUGGCCGGGCCCAGACACAGCUUUGCUGGAUGAGCCCCACUGAGGCCAGAGGGAAGGUCUGAGGCUGCUGAGGUCUUGGCCUUGAGCUUGGGGGAGGUGGUGGGGCUAGGUGGAGCAAGAGCAAAGGGCCCAGCUGCACCGAUGAGAGAACUUUUUUAUUCUUUGGGCCUGAGGGGAGUUCUGGGUGCCUUUUUUUUUUUUUAAUUCUUUUUUAAGGAAAAACAAUGAUAAAAACUUCAAAGCUGAUUUUUCUUGUUACAGAAAAACUAAUAUAAAAGCAUUACCCCUGUCUGGCAGCCUGUGGCCGUGUCUGUGUGUGCUUCCUGCCAGGUGCUGGGCUCAGGCCUGGCCGCCGGGCAGGACCCAAGCACUUCAGCACCUUCUGACCAGCAGGAGUCAGUGCAGAGUUCAGUUCUGGGGGCCCACAGAGUCAUCCCAUAGAAAGAAGUCCAGGGACGCAGGGUUUAGGUGAAGGUGAGGUGGCCUGGAGGCACGUGCAGCCCCUCAACUCGGUGGGGGUCAACAGGUUGGGCCGGGACCACCACACAAAGCCUGUGAGCCCACUCUGUGUUCCCGAGGGGCUGAGCAUCCAGGCAGAGGACCUGCAGGCUUUGGGCUGCUCAGAGUUCCUGGGCACUGAGUGGGCAUGACUGAUGGGGUCUGUCCCAUAGCAGAUGCUGGGAUGCAAAAGGGGCUGGAGGCAGGCUUGGGAGCUGGAGCAGAACCCUCCUCAGGGCCUUGGUCCCUGCAGGCUUGCCCAGAGGUGGCAGACUAGCCCAGUGUGUCACCAUCACCACCGGGGCCAGAGCUGGGCCAGAAGAAGGCAGCCCCCAGCUCAGAGCAAAGAAGAACAUCUGCCAGGCAGAGCUGCCCCACAGUGGAUCACAUGCCCCAGAAGUGGUGGCCCCCCGCCACUAGAGGUGUGUAAGCACGCUGCUGUUGAGCCCAGUAAAGAGCAGCUUCCUGACCUGUAUGGAGCAGACACCAUUGCUCAAAGAGAUGAGCUACAGGAAGGGGGCCAGUAAGGCAGGCCACACCAUGCGAAGAGUUAGCUGGACAUUUGAUCUGUCAUAGGUUAUUAGGCCUUAAGAAAGGAAGGAUGCUCCCAAGGUGGAUUCUACAGCCUCUAGCCUUAUAGUGAGAAGGGGAGCCUAGGGCCCUUCCUGGACUCUUCAGACUAUGACCCUGGGAGGAAGAUGGAGGUAGUUCAGGAGUGGGGCCUGGGAGGCAGGUGGCUGUUUUUGUUCAGCCGACUCUUGCCGACCCCAUGGACGGCAACACGCCAAGCUUCCCCAUCCUUCACUGUCUCCUGGAGUUUGCUCAAACUCAUGUCUAUUGAGUCAGUGAUGCCGUCCUACCAACUCAUUCUCUGUUGCCCCCUUCUCCUCCUGCCUUCAGUCUUUCCCAGCAUCAGGGUCUUUUCCAGUGAGUCGGCUCUUCGCACCAGGUGGCCAAAGUAUUUGGAGCUUCAGCUUCAGCAUCAGUCUUUCUACUGAAUAUUUAAGACUUGAUUACCCUCCUGAUUCUCUCAUCCCCUCCCCCAGCUUCAUGGGUUCCAUGGUGCAAAACCCUGGGGCUGUAUCUUCUCCCCAAAGUGCAUCCAGAGCAGGCUGUGUGGCCAGGGUCUUCUGUGUCCCCCGUGAGCCUCCUGGAGACACUGUGAGGCUGAAGAGAGCAAGAGAAGGAGAGUCUGAAAACUUCUUGGGCACAUCCCCGGCUUAAAGCAAAGCAUUCACAGAUGGGAGCCAGGCUGGCUGAAGAAAUGUGUUUCUUUUGUGAGGACUGACCUCAGGGUCCUGCCUGUAGAACCCAGCCUAUGAGCAGAGUGGUCUGUCCACACCGUGGUUCCCAGACAGGCCCCUGGGCAGCCCAGCGUGUGCUCUGCUUCCUGCAUGCAAUGGUUCAAGCAGGCCUGUCCUCGCUCUGGCCACCAAGACAGGCUCGUCCGCACUCUGGCUGCGCAGGCAGGCCCGUCCACACACUGACAGCCCAGACAGACCUGUCUACACUCCAGCUAUGCAGACAAGGCUGUUUACAUUCCGGCUUCCUGGACAGCCCCGUCUGUACUCAGACUGCCCAGACAAGCAAGUCUGUGCUUUGCCUGUAUUAACCCAAUAAAG